AUCAAAGCCAACCAGUCGGGGCAAGAGGAGGAUGCUUAGCUUCCUCUCGGAUUGCAUUUGUUUGUGUCUUUGUAUGUUGUAGGAUACUUUUGCCAUUCAGAUUUUUCCCCACCGUUUUAUUUAUUUUAUUUCUUCUCUACAAACUUUCAAGUUUAUUCAAGUUUUACAGCAGACCUGAGUGAUGCGUCUCGCAGUUUGUGCCGUGGCCCUACUUUGUGUAGCAGGGCUGGAUCUCGAGUGGACACCCUUUGGGGUCGCCGGAGAAAAAGGAGACACUUUGAACGUCAGCGAUGUAGCAUCACCACUAAAACGCUCGGGAAGACGGGUACCCCGAGGCGCCGAUGACAUUGACCCCCCAAAUCUUUUUAGCCAGGAGCGGGGGCCGCAUCUGCCAGCUAGUGAAAUUAUUCCCACUGACACGGCACCGAGGGACGCGAGCAGCAGACCCUUGAGUAAUGAUGAGAGAAGUCGUGAUGUGUCGACUAACGGCACAGGGGACAGGAUGCCAUCGGACCUUUAUAACCCGCUAUAUCCUUUCACCGAAAGUUCCUACAGUGCCUACGCUGUCAUGUUCCUCUCGCUUCUGAUUUUCGCUGUGGGCAUAGUGGGCAACCUGUCUGUCAUGUGCAUUGUGUGGCACAACUAUUACAUGAAGAGUGCAUGGAAUUCCAUUCUAGCCAGUUUGGCCUUUUGGGACUUUCUCGUGCUUUUCUUUUGUCUUCCCGUAGUCAUCUUCAAUGAAAUCACUAAGAAAAGACUACUGGGCGAAGUGUCCUGUCGGAUGAUCCCAUACCUGGAGGUAUCAUCCUUGGGUGUGACUACAUUCAGUUUGUGUGCCCUUGGGAUUGAUCGAUUUCAUGCUGCCACAAGCACCCAGCCCAAGAGCCGGUCCAUUGAGCAGUGCCAGUCCAUCCUUGCUAAGCUGGCAGUGAUUUGGAUUGGCUCAAUGAUACUCGCUAUACCCGAAGUCCUGCUAUGGCAGCUCACUCAAAAUCAAUCAGCCAUGUUAGGCACCAUCAUUGAUUCCUGCACCAUGAAUCCCUCCACUAACCUCCCAGAGUCCAUCUACUCGCUGGUGAUGACGUAUCAAGAUGCCCGUAUGUGGUGGUACUUUGGCUGCUACUUUUGCUUGCCAGUCCUGUUCACUCUUUCUUGUCAGCUUAUUACAAGAAGAAUAAGGAGUUCUAACAAGAAUCAAGAUGCCAGAGUUUCCCCUAAACAUAUUCAGUGUGAACGGCAGCUCAAUUGUACCGUGACAGGUUUGGCCAUUAUUUAUGGGAUCUGCAUUCUGCCUGAAAACAUCUGCAACAUUGUGCUGGCCUACUUGACCUUGGACGUUUCUCAACCUACUUUGGAUCUCCUCAGUCUCAUUAACCAGUUUUUUCUGUUUUUCAAGUCCUCUGUGACCCCUGUGCUCCUUUUGUGCCUCUGCAAACCACUGGGCCAGGCCUUCAUGGACUGCUGUUGCUGCUGCUGUGAAGAGUGCAGCCAGGAAUCCCAGGCUAGUGAGGGAGGAGAUGGAAAACUGAAAACCACAGAAAUGUCGUCUUCCAUUUUCUUUGACAAGCCCAAAGACAACCAGUCAAUUCUUGGUAUUGGAACACCCUGCUAAAAAUCAGAAGGAAGUCUCCUGGCCCAUUACUUAUUUUGCAAUGCAUCUGAAGUUCUUGUUUUUCAAUUUCUUGUAAGUCAUCAAACUGGUGAAACCUCUGUCCAUGGCAGACAGGGAGAAUUAAGCUCAAAAUAUGGCCAGGACAAAGAAGAGAUUUGAUCCAAAAAUCUUGCAAGCCACUAACGAUCAUUGGCACUUUCCUAUAUGACCUGGCUUUUAAGACCAGUUUCCCUCACAAAUCUAGAUUAUAAAGUGUUGUCCAAGGGAUUCAGGACAAAGAUAGCAAACUCUUUGUAGAUGCCUUUUAUGAGGAACUGAUAUGGGAAUAAUGCAAAUCAAGGAAUGGAUUAGCAACUACAGAAUCCUCUUGGGCUUAUUUAUCCUAACUCUUGUUAUCACACAUCACCUAUGGAUGAAUCACUCAAAUGAAUCUAACUUCUGCAGAACAUGACCAUUCCUUGACUUACUGAAUCCUCAUUUUGUCUUCUUAGUGAGUAAACCACAUUUACAUUUUUAUGAGAACAACCAUCAUAGAAAUUAGAACAACCAACAACACUCGCGAUCCCCAGCCAUAUGAGAGCAACCAAAAAUGUAAAAUGUAUUCUGGGACCAGCAGAAUCGAGAUGAACAACACAAGUAAUACACACACUCAUUGAUAAAAAGUUUAUGACCUGGUGGGUGGCAGUUGAGCAGAUGAUUUUCCGAUUCCUUUUAAAAUUUAAAAUUGUAAAAAAAAUUCAAGUAGGGGCAACUUUAUGGACACACAUCCACAACAGUUUUAUCACUUUGACAAAGAAGACGGACACCACAAUUGUACACCCAUUUUCUAAACCUAUUUUUUGCAAAGGUGUUACAGGAGACUAACCUAUAGGAAUCAAUUUAGAGCCUCUACUAGUGAUGUACAAAACGAUUCACAUGAAAUUAAGAUUGCAGUGAAACUCAAUGUUUUGUUUGGCAAAUAAAUUCUUGAAACAAGUGGUAUUUCACUGCCAGCAAAAUUUGUGCCAUUGACACAUAAAGAAAUGUUUUUAGUUCCUGACUGGAAGCAUUUACAUGCAUUAAACCAGAAUGGGUCUUCCUCUUCUUUAGUUUGUAAAUAUAGGUUUAAAGAAAAUG